AUGACCCUACAAAUAGGCCUAUUUGCAUCAGUGAUGGCAGAAACCACCGUUCCUGAUUUCCCUGGACGGAUUUCUUGGAAAAGCGCCCUCUGCCUUAAGAAGAUUGUUAUGAAGUUUGAGGAAAUGGAUCUUGUGGAGAAGGUGUACAAUACCCAAUUCAGAUAUAUAGUCUCUGCGCCAGUGUUGCAGUUCUCAGGAACUAUUGAGGGUGGUAUUUGCCAAAAUCCUCCACAUGGUCGAAGACGAGGAAAGUUUCCUCCGAUUUCCUUGGGGGAAGAAAGGAAGUUAGUGAAGGAGGAUUAUGAUGAUGAAGAGGAGGGAAGUGAACCUGAGGAUGAACAUGAAGAACCUACUUCCAAACCAAACACCCGGAAGAGAAAGGCUGCGCUUAAUCUCAAAGAAGCCGUAAACCUGAAGAGGAAGCUUGCUUAUGAAUCUAGUCCUGCCAACAUUCCUAGCCCCCCAUCCGCUACUAGUCCUGGAUUACCUCCAACAUCUUCUGUUGAAUGUAAAUGUGAAGAGCUGAAAGAGGAGGUAAAAGCGCUGAAGGAGGAGCUCAUCAAAGAGGUGAAGGAGGAGCUCAAAGAGAUGAAAACAGCUUACGAAGAAACUCAAACAAAUCACAAGGCUUAUAUGAAAAAGUUGGUUGUUAGUAUGUGCGAACAGUUAUUAGCCAAAUCCAACCAAAGGAUGGCCAGUUUAAUUGUCAAAUUAGAUAGUAUGGAGGAGGAGAGGAAGAAGAAGAAGAGCAAAUUGGAAAAGAAGGGCAAGACUGAGGAUAGGAAGGCGGAGGAUAGUGUGGUGAAGGUGGACGAGACUGAGAAUAAUGUGAAGAAUUGGUUGAAAGAUGAAGCUACCAAUGAUGAGACAAAGACUGUGUUUACUUGCGAAGCACGAAAGAAGUUGUUUGUUAGAGUUCUAACAAAGUCCACAUGGCUUAAAGAUCCUGAAAUCGACGCAGUCUGCCACUUGUUGCGCAAAAGGAUUGAGCAAUAUCCCAAGACAUAUAAACAUUGUAAAGUAUCAAUAGGGGAUUGCUUAUUAGCAGAUAUGAUGAGGCGAGAGUACCCGAACUAUAAAAAAGAUCCUGAAAAAUUUCCAAUAUCAGACGUCUUUUCUCAGUACUUCUGGGGAGCGCCUCAUAGACAUAUGCCAGAAUGGCCACUAGUAGACGAUAUUUACGUGCCUUUGAACAUUGGCAACAAGCAUUGGGUACUGUGCGUCGUUCGUGUACAAGAUAAUCACAUUGACGUUUAUGACUGCGACUCGAGUAUUUAUAGGAAUCUCGAUCCAUACAUGAGACCUUUGUGUGAGAUGUUUCCACGAAUAUAUGCAAUGGGAGCCAGUGAUGCUGAGCUACAACGGUAUCCUAAUUUCAAUUUCCAGAAACUGACAUAUAAAAGGUUGCCACACCCAGUCAAAAAUGCAGUCGCCAAAAAUGGGGAAGUCCCUAGAGCAGCAGAAAGUGGGGAUUGUGGUGUAUUUAUGCUUAUGCACAUGGAAUACUUGACUGCUGGUUUAGGUGUAGAGAAGAACUUGACUUGUGCUUAUGUAUUCUGA